CUCCCUCUACACCGCCUGGUUGGAUCAAGGAAGUGAAGUCAACUACACCAAAACCAGACCAGAAGCCAUCAGUGCCAAGUCUCUUCUGUGUCCAUUCUGCAGCAAGAUGACGAAAGUGUCUUCCCCUGAGAAGCCAGUGGAGGAGUGGGCGGUUGACGUCAAGCCCAGCUUUGUCAUCCAGGGACUCUUGGAUUCGUUUGGCCCCGGAUGUAAAGAUACGAAAAAUUGCACGUGCUGUCAACGCGAAGGGGAGACAACUCCAUCCUCUGUGUGGUGCUCUAUAUGCGAUGACGCACUACCAUCAGGAAACGAAAAGUCAUGUGUAAUGAUCACAAGGAUGAAUGCAUCAAAUUCCUGUGCAAAGAUUGCAAGAAAGUCACCUGUCACACCUGUUGUGUUAUCUAUCACAGGAAAUGUUACUCAGUUGUCACUCUAGAGUCGGAAUUACCUGCUUUAAAAUCACAACUGUUGAAUGAAAAGAAAAUAUCCUGAAGAAACAAAUCCAAAUGAAAGUAAAAGUUGAUACAGUUAAGUCGAAUGUGAUCUCUGAAAAAAGAUUGGUAUGCCCAAAUGGAAUCAGAUAUCAAGUCUUCCGGUAAUAAAGCGAGAGAGAAGAUCACUUUCAAGGAAAACAAACUCCUAGAUGAACUGAAAGAAGUCUCAGAAAAGCACAUUGGACAACUGACAGCCGACAUUAAGUCAGGGGAAAUAUCAGUACAGAUGUACCGACAACAGGUUAAACUGAUAGACCAAACUCAACAAUCUGAGUUUGACAUGGAUGUGUAUGAGAUGUAUCAGGGAUGUGAGGUCGGUGAUGUGGAUGCUGUCGGAGACGCAGACCUGAAGGAUGAUGGGAGAAUAGCCAAGAUCAUGUUCAGACAGGACACGGAUCAGCUGAGUAGAGCACUGGACGAUCUACAACUGGGUGAGAUAGACGUCCUGUAUGAGGGUGUGCUUGACCUGAAGGCGACUCCUGUGUUACAUGACACCAUUAACAUCAGAGUUGCAGGAGAUGGAAAUGCUGCACGGCCCAUUGAUGUGACGACUCUGGUGGUGAAUGGCACAGACACAGUGGUAGUCACAGACUGCAAGAACAAGAGUGUGAAGUCCUUCUUCACCAAGACAAAACAGCCAGGUCAUAGCAAGCUCAGUCUGAGUAGCCGUCCGUAUGGUAUAACAAAGUUGAAACACAACCAGGUGGCGGUCACUCUGCCAGAUACCAGUCAGAUUGUAACAGUUGAAGUCAACCCUGACCUGGUGCUGCUGUCAACCAUCACAACCAACAAACAGUACUUGGGCUUAACGUCUCCGACACAAUCAACACUCGCAGCAAGCGUCCGGUCUCCCCCCAGUGUGGAUAUUUUGGAUAUGACGGGACACAUGCUGAGAUCAGUCAAGCCAGUCCAUAGUGGAAAGAACAUCCUACAAAAUCCCCGCUUUCUUUGUACCACCAGAACAGGAAACAUCUUUGUUUCGGACUGCAGGUCCAGGUGUGUCCUGUGCCUGACACCUGCAGGGGACGUUGUGUUCACCUACCCCCCGACAGGAGACACAACACUGACACUUCCGUGGGGCAUCACAAGUACCAGCACAGGCGACAUCCUGGUUGCUGACUCCUCCCAACAUAGUGUUGUUCAUCUGACUGAGUCGGGACAGUUUGUUAGAAACUUCCUUACUGCAGAUGACGGUGUCUUGAACCCGCGCGGAAAUUGUGUAGAUGGACGUGGUCAUGUGUAUGUUUGUAAAUGCACCUUAGGUGAAAUCAAAGUAUUCAGUUGUAGUAACACAGUAUAGACCACUGAUUCAUUAUCAACUGGACAGUCCAUCUAAAGUUACUUUAACUACCUACAAUUACCACCGACUCCAAACUCCCUGUGUCACGUUUUGUGUGGCUGAGUAUAACUAAUAUAUGGUGUUACUAUGCAUACUCAACUGAUCAUUCCAUCUACCUCCAUUUACCACCAACCUGCAGAUUGACUGACGUGGUGUAGACAGAUCAUCAGCUCAGUGUUGACUUCGGCCCAUGUGACCAGUGUCCGAUCUUCCCUGUGUCAUAUUUUGUGUGACUAAUUAUAGCUAAUAUAUAGUGAAAAACUGAGUAUAAAUUGUAUGCCCUUUGCACUUUCUGAAAUGUGUGCAAAUCAGCAAAAAAACUAAAUUUUAUUCUUAUAUAACUGAGAUAAAAAAUAUAGGGUCAUUUUGUAAUUUGUAUCAGUGAAUAUCACCUUUAACUUUAACGUUGAAUUUACGUUCGAUUGAUGUGUACAUAUAAUCAUUGCACUACAUUGUAAAUGUUCAUAUAGUGUGACGGAGUAUACCUAAUAUACAGUGUGGCUAGAUAUAACUAAUAUACAGUGUGACUGAAUAUAACUAAUGUACAGUGUGACUAACUAAAACUAAUAUACAGUAGGACUCAAUAUAAUUUAUAUACAGCGUGACUGAAUAUAACUAAUAUAAAGUGUGACUGAAUAUAAAAAAUAUAAAGUGUGACUCAAUAUAACUAACAUUCAGUCUGACUCAAUAUAACUAAUAUAUAGUGUAACUGAGUAUAAACUGUAUGCCUUUUGCACUUGCUGACAAUACCAGGUUUUAUUGUUGUCAACAUCGUAGAUGUAGCAGGGCUAGAUCAAUAUAGGGUCACGUAUUUGUAUCAAUGCAUAUCACCCUUAACUUUAGCUCAGAAUUUAUGUUAGAUUUAUGUGAACAUAGUAUCAUCACAAACUGCUUCCAAUCUACAUCUUUCCAACAAAUACGGAUCAAGCACCCCCUGAGAUGCAUGAUGCAAUUCUUAUUAUGGAGUGUGACAUGUGUCUGUGCGUAGUUAACUUUAUUUCCAAUUCCUUAUUUCACGGUCUGUAAUCUUUUAGUUUAGAAAUAUUCUACUACGUUUGAAACCAAGAGGUGAAAUUAUUCCUGGUAACCGUUGGCUGAAGGCAAAAUAAAUGUUAUGAGAGGCAUGAAAA